AUGAAAGGAACUGAAAUCGUACCUUUUCAAAAUAAAGAGUCAACAAAUAGUGUGACGAUCAGCUUCUAAAAUUUAACAUACUAGGUCAACGUUAAGAAUCCUUAGAAUGUUGUUGAGAACAAAUUGAUCCUGAAUAACAUUUCCGGAAUCUGUAAACCAGGUUAGGUUACUGCAAUUCUUGGAGCUUCAGGAGCAGGAAAAACAUCAUUACUCAACAUUUUAGCCAAAAGGAUAACUCCUGGAGGGAAUGUGACAUUGUAGGGAGCAAUUAAUGCAAAUGGGUAGCCCUAUAAUAGUGAUAAAUUUUCUCAAUUUUCAUCUUACGUUAUGCAGAAUGACGUACUUUUUGGAACUUUGACUGUACGAGAGACUUUAGAAUUUGUAGCGAAUUUAAAGUAUGCUGAUCCUUAAUAAAAGAUUGAUAAAGUGGAUUAUGCAUUAAAGACAUUGAAAUUAGAAAAAUGUCAACAUACAUUAAUUGGUAAUGCUAUGAUUAAGGGAAUAUCUGGUGGAGAAAGAAAAAGAACAUCAAUUGGAGUUGAAUUAGUAAGUGACCCAUUUUGCAUUUUAUUGGAUGAACCUACUUCAGGAUUGGAUUCAUUUACUGCUUUUGUCAUUAUAAAUCUGCUUCGAAAAUUGGCUCAUACUUCAGGAAGAACAAUAGUGUUUACAAUUCAUUAACCAAGUGCAGAUAUUUAUAUGUUAUUUGAUCAAGUGAUGCUUUUAGUUUAAGGCAAAUUCAUAUAUUAAGGCAAAAGAGAUGAGAUGGUUAACUACUUCAAAAGCUUAGGGUUUGAGUGUCCAGCUCAUUCCAAUCCACUAGAUUACUUAAUGAGUAUAAUGCACCAUGAUGAUUCAAAUCAUCCACAUUAUCAGACUCUAUUUUCAGGAUAUGGUUCAAAUUUUGUCUAGUAGAUUGAAAAUGAAAUCAACGCUAUUUAAGUCUAGUAGAUAUCAAGAUAGUCAAUUCAAACAUCAUUUGGAUUCUAAGUUAAGGAAAUCUUUAGAAGAGGAAUGAUUAAUGUGAAGAGAGAUAAGGUGUUAGUGAGAGGUAGAUUAGUAAUGACUAUUUUCAUCGGUCUACUGAUUGGAGGUAUAUUUUGGACAGCAGGAAGCGAACCUGGAUACAAAGGAAUUUAGAGUACAAUAGGAGUUUUAUUCUUUUUGGUGAUGAGUAGUUUUAUGGGAGCUCUAAAUCCUGUAAUGGUACAAUUUCCAGCUGAAAGAGAAGUGUUUUUAAGAGAAGAAAAUUCAAAGUUGUACUCUACUGCAGCAUAUUUUACUGGCAAAAGUUCAGUGGAAAUUCCAUUUCUAUUUGUGUUCCCUAUCAUUCAGUAGCUUAUUUGUUAUUGGAUGGUUGAUUUGAAUUACAAGACCGGAGACAUAGUAGUGAUAAACAUCAUUAUUUGUAUCAUGCUUGGUUUGAGUGGAAAUAGUUUUGGUCUGAUGACUGGAUGUAUGUUUAGUGAUCUUAAAGCAGCUGCUGGAUUUCUGCCUGUAGUAUUGAUGCCAUUGGUUAUAUUCUCUGGUUUUUAUGCUAAUCAAAAUAUGUAUAUGGAUUGGAUUGGAUGGAUCCAGUAUCUAAGUCCUAUGAAAUAUGCCUUUGAAGCAUUAGUAUGGAAUGAAUUCGAUACAAGAGAUGAUGAAUUCAUUGGUAAGACUAUAGAGAACUCUAACCCUAUUGAUACCUACAAUCUAACUUUAGGUCUAUGGAAAUGCUUGGUCAUUUUAGCUGCCAUAAUUUUGUUUUUCAGAUUUAUGGCUUUAAUGUUUUUAUACUUGUUGAGAGGAAAACAACAAUGA